AGAGGAGGAUCCCAUUUACUUAUAAAUCACAUUUUUUAAUACUUAAUCAUACCACGUUUGUUUACAGAUACAUUGGUGAACUUCACAAAUCGAACGUUGUUAUAGCCUAAAACAGUAACAAAGAACAACUUGCUAUACUUAACACCCACUUACGCUAUAUUUCUGCUAAAAUAGCUACAACUCCCAAAAUGAUUGGACAAGAAUACCUUUCCAAAAAUAUUCUAGACAAAAGUCUUUAUGAAACUUUCUCGGUUUUACGUAUAUUGCAAGUCUUGUUUGGCUCAUGCAGAGUCGAUGUUAGGGAUAGGUUCGUGUCUUCACCGACCGUCUACCAAAAGGCCUAUACGCUGAUGAUAAUCGUAAUGAGUGCUUUCUUGUACAUGAUUAAUUUUGUAACUUAUUUAUACAAAUACAGUGUAAAUAUCAACUUGUACCGCAGCGCGAUAGGUACAUCUUUAAUACAGAUCUUGAUGUAUUUUUUGAAUAUAAUCCAUGUUCGCUUCAUAAAUAACACCCAAAAUGUCGACUUUGUCAUCUCUAUGCAAGAACUCGACCGUUCCAUGAAACUGGAACAUAAUAAUUCAAUCAACACUACACUUCGCAGAUUCAAUACGAUAACGACAAUUUUGAUUUUAUCAAUUUGGACAGUACUAAACACUAUUGCUUCUAUCUUUCUCGCUUUACCAAUGAUGGUAACUGUUGUAACGAUAUCGAUAAGUGAAAUUACAAACAUGCUGGAACUAAAUCAUUGCUCUAAUCUUAUGUCAUAUUACACCAUUCGGGUGCGUUUUAUUAAUGCUAUACUCCAGAACCACUUGCCAAGUAUCAACAAGUUUAACUCAAACGAUUAUUCUUAUUUUUAUCCUAAACAAUUUAUGCGCGAGCUGGCUGCAAAGACACACGAUCUCAGAUACAGCGCAACGGAUAUUUAUUUGAAAAAGGUUAUCAAGAAUUUUUUUGAAUUCAGAAAUCUUUAUCAAUUUCAGGUAACUACAUACUGGUGUACUACCUACCUACUUAAAAACUUGAGUCUUUUAAAAUACUAGUGUCUAUUCUUUACUAAAAUAAGUACUAACCUAGCUACACACUUUUUUAUUUUGAUCAAAUCCUCCAAUCUUCGCAGGAAAUUGCUAACUUUGAUGUU